CAGCACACAUAGAACAGUAAAUAUGGCAAGGUCUGCAAUGUAUUAUCAUGCCGUUCUCUCAUGACCCAAAGAUGCAACAAGCACUCGUGGUACGUAGGAGUAUCGAGUGAUGGCGCCCCGGUUCGGCGUUGAGAAAAGUGGAUCCACGAAUUUCCAUCGCGUCCAACGUCCGACUUUGAAAAAUCCCCGUCCUCAAGCGCAACCCUUUGAAAUCGUAUCUAUCUCCUUUCCACAGGAUCGCCACAAUGCUUCCAAGUCGAGGCAUGUUGCGCUCGUCCGGGGCCCAGCGACAGUUUCUCGUCAAAGCCGCCAGCCAUGGUCGCGGCUUUGGUACGUUGCGACCCGCCGUCCACGGUUCGAGGUCCAGUCCUCUCGCGACACUGAGGUCAAAGACGGUCGCUCCGUUUGCCCUGGACUCAGCAGCCUCCGCUCGUCACCUCUCUCUCUGGGGCUACGGCACCAAAAAGUCGGAAGCCGCGCCGUCCACGAACCCGAUCGAGUCCUCCGCCGCCGAGUCCGGGAAGACGCUCGCUUCCGAGGCGAAUGCGCAGUCUGUGCCGGUUGAUGCCACCCCUGCGUCGUCGACGACCUCGCCACCCGCCGACCUGUCUGCCAUCAGCGACAUUGUGAACGAGUCUACCACCAGCAGCACCGGCUACGAGAUCCUCUCGCGCUCCCAGGACUACAUUGGCUACCUGCACGAUCUGGGCCUGAACUAUGGCUGGGGCUUCACCUCCAGCAUGCAAUGGGUCAUUGAGCACAUCCACGUCUGGAGCGGUCUGCCCUGGGGCCUGUCCAUCAUGGGCGCGGCCGUCGCCUUGCGCGUGGUCAUGUUCUACCCCAUGAUCAAGAGCACUGCCUUUGCUGCGCGCACAAGACGGAUGCAGGAGGACCCCAGGCACGAGAAGAUCAAGGAGCUGAUGAAACCCGGCGUCAUGUCGGACCCCGUAAAAACCCAACAGAUCAGGGCCGUCCAGGGCGUCCUGAGGCAGGAGUACAAUGCUCCGGCCAGCGGCAUGCUGUGGGGAUUCCUCCCCAUCCCAUUCUCGUUCGGCUUGUUCCGAGCUGUGUCGGGCAUGACCAACCUGCCCGUGCCCGGGUGGGAGUCUGCUGGCUACCUCUGGUUCCAAGACUUGACAGCCACUGACCCCUACUUUAUCUUGCCGAUUAUCACCGCCGGCCUGAUGUCUAUGACAAUGCGCGUGAACCGCAAAAACACGGCGGUGUCACAGCGCGCCACCAUGGACAAGAUUGGCUGGGUACUUUUCCCCGUCAUCGUCUUUGCGACCUGCUGGUUGUCCGCGGCCGUUAACCUCAUGGGCGUUGCCUUUGGCGGUGCCACCCUUGCCGCGAGCGCCCUCCUCAACAUGAACACGGUCCGGCGGCUGUUCCGUAUCCCGCUCGCCUACGAAGACACCCCCACGAAGCCGGUGGCAAAGUACACGGCCCCUCGUGACCCCAAUGCUCCUGUCGCUGUCGAGAAGACGGGCACUCAGUCGAUCCGCGCCGGCUUCGACAACCUGGUGAAGUCUGUCAAGGAGCAGGGCAGCAGCAUUAUGCCGACAGGGCAGAAGAAGGACCAGGAGGAGAAGGCCCGGAAGCAGAGGAUCGAGAAGGCGGAGGAGAUGGCUGCGGCGCAAAGGGAGCGGGAUUUCAUCAACAAAUACAAGAAAUGAACGAUGCCCGGCAGUUAUAUGUACAUAUCGAUCGAUAGAGAGAGGGAGCUGGCACGAGUAGUGUAUAGUAGGUCAGGAUCGGCGUUCGUACAUUAAUGAUCGUGAUCUCAUUCCGGAGUGCAGAGGCCAUCUACUUCAGGGUAUAGACGUGCUGGUCCUAAAUUCGUAACUCAUGCCUGGCAGAGAGCAAUU